CUUCAUCGACACGGUGAACGCCAGGAAGCCACUCGCGUGUACCAGCAACCCACACCGCGUCUCCUAGACGCACGCGGACGCCUGUCCAGUCUUUCUGGGAGCUCCCGCGGGAUCCACUGAUCACGCUUGCGGCGACUUGGGUAAGUGGGAACUUGCCCGGCGACCGUAGCCUCCAGCCCGUGGCCACUGGCCAGCGGUCAUGCAGGCUACAGACUAGGGGCGCCUGUGUAUGCUCUGCAUGGUGUGGGCGUGCGCGUGCCCCUCCGCCGGCGGCAUGUAUGAACCUCCGAGCCCCGGAUCAGCUGCUGACAUAUCCUGUUGCCACGCGCUGUUCCGUGUACGCGUUCCCGUCUCGAUCGCAGCGCGAGCAGUCGCACCAAGGGCGCACGCGCAGCCGUCCCCUCGUGCGGGCUCAUCGAGAUACCUUUGUGUAGGCUCACGAGACACUUCCGUGCGAAGAAACACCUCAAGUAGGUUAAAGUGAAACAGGCCGCGAUGAACGGACACCAAGCCGGUCCCAAGAAGCCUUCGGGCCCAUACGGCCAGCCCGUGGCUCCCAACCUCUCGGUCCGACACCUCUGCCCGAACUGCCGAACCGAUCCACCACACAUCGUCGAGGAGUACAGUCACGGCGACCUCGUCUGCGCCGACUGUGGCACUAUUCUUGGUGAUCGCAUUGUCGACACCCGAUCAGAGUGGCGUACGUUUGCUGGUGAUGAGGGCGGCGACGACCCGUCGCGUGUCGGUGGGCCGUCAAAUCCUCUCCUUGGCAACGCCUCGCUGGACACGAUCAUCUCUGGACGUGACGGACGUACUGGCAUGUCCAAGGACCUGAUGCGCGCGCAGAACAGAGCCAACCAGCAGUCGGCGACUGGUGGUGGCAAGUCGAACGCGCUCCAGCUUCAGUCUGCUUUUGCGCGCAUCUCUGAGAAGACGGACGCCAUGCAGCUGCCUCGCAAGGUGACCGAGAUUGCCCAACAUGCGUACAAGAUUGGAGACGAGCAGCGCAUCUCGCGCGGUCGCAACGACGAUGCGCUGAUUGCCGCGUCGAUUGUCUUCGCGACGCGUAUGGCUGGGGCUCAGCGCUCGUUUACCGAGGUCUGCAAGGUCACACGAGUGUCCAAGUCCGAGCUCGGACGCGUCUUCAAACUUCUGAAGUCGGCGAUCGACAAGACCGGUACCGCACCCAAGGGCAACACGAAUACGAGUGAUGUGGUGGAGAGUCUGCUUGGGCGUUUCUCCAACUACCUCGACCUUGGGGUCAUGAUCCACAACUCGUCCAAGCACAUUGCGCCCUUGGCGAUGCGGCUGCCGACGAUUGAUGGUCGCACGCCUAACGCAAUUGCAGCGGGCGUCCUGUUCUUUACGACGACAUUGAUGGAGAAACAAACGACGUCGAAGGAGAUUGCCGGGAUCUCAAACGUGUCAGAGUCGACCAUCAAAAUGAUCUGCAAGAAAGUUGCGGAGGAGCUCGAUCAAGUCAUCAAGCCCGAGUGGAAGGAACAAUUCCCGAAGGGCUACAAGGACGUCGAGUCUCUGGGUAGCAAGAACUUGCGUGCGGCAGUGCAGACGUCUCGAGCUGGCACCCCGGCUCAGAGCGGGGCCAACACGCCUGCGCCGUCCACUUAGUCGUCUGGUGAACAUGGGCUAGCUGGUAACUGGGGUUGAGUCCAACAUCAACGUCGAAAUUCGAUUCUGGCGCGCGGGUGACGGUGAGGCCUGGGAUCCAGUUGUUGGGUUGGGUGCGUGGGUAUGCCAAGUCGCAACACUGUUCCUGGGCUGGCUAUCAUUUCUCUCGCUUGCGCACGUGGGUGACGAGGGAUCUAUCUUUUGAUCCUUGGAACAGCAUGGCCACCUUUGAGCCCGAGUGACGGUUUAGAUUCACUAUGAUGCUAUGGAUGCGGUGUCGCCGGCCUCGAGCGCCAAGGUAGCAUUCCGCACAGACAAUCGCAGAGACAAGGACUGGGCCCGCGCUGGGGACAUGGGACAAUUGAACAAAGUUGGGGAGCAAGAGUGCCGUGGGC